AAGACGGUCCUGGCUGGAUUAUAAAAGCGCUUAUCGCGUGCUCGUUCACCCGUAUCUUUUCCUUGAAUUAAAAACGUCGCGUGCGGUGCGAUCAUUCGCGGUUUUCCGUCGGCGGUUCGCGCGGUAGCCACCCCACCUCGAUACACGCCCGUGGCGUUUUUCCUCUAUCCGUGGGGAGCGCGCACCGAUGGAGGAGGGAAAUGCCACCUCGCGGUUUCGUUCGUCAGUCGAGAAUGGCGUAUGCUUUCGACCGGACGCCUUUUCUGAUCGGUGAACGCGCUGAGACGCUCCACUCCUUUCGCGAGACACGAGGGCCGCGCUCCUCGACGCGAACCACGUUUCUUUCAUCCGAUAAAAAAAUCGUGACUCGUCUAUCCCAAGGAAAGUAAUCGUACGUUCCUAAACAAGUGUGCCUCUCUCUGAUUGCGACGCGAUCGAAUAAUCCUACCAGUGACCAAGCGGAAUCGAAAAAUUCGUGGCGCGAGUGGUUGCUUGCAAACCAGCGAACGUUUCUGCGGUUCCUACGACGAACGUUCGUUGAGAAACGUCGACGAACGGUGUUGCGUGCCUCUGAGACGUCGUUUUCCAAACUGUGCUCCAAUUAUGAACAAGCGCGGUGUGGGGACAAUCGUAAAUAAUUGUUGGGAGAAUACAGUAAAUCGAUUUUUAGUAUUUGUAGGAUACGCUUGUGUUGUUAAAGAUUUUAAUCGUUCUACUUUUUUUUUUUUUUACUAGUAUAAAGAUCGAAAACGACUCCUCAAUUGCCCAGUGAAGAAUACCCAACAACCCCCAUUCGCGUCUUCGAAUCAACGCCCGAACAGUUCAAGACUAGCCCACGAAAAUCAACGCAAGAUCACCUGUGUGACCAAGGAAACUUUCCUCAAAGGGUCGUUGCACUACCGAAUUGAUCGGAGUAUUUUCCGAGCGUCCUUCAUCGAUCCCACGUGGGCGGCUCGCGUCGACGAGGAUCGACGCCUGGAAGUCGACUCGAGACUGGAAUCACCGCUGGAAGAAGGGCAGGCGGUUUCGAAAGUCGACGGUAUUUCGUGGACACUCGAAGCACGCGUCUCGGGAGUCCCCUAAGCGAAGGUGGUCGAUCGCUGCGAAGGAUUUCUCGCAACCUUGACCCACUGGGAUCGGUACGCUGUUACGAUUACGACCCGCGCCGGAUGAGCGACGCUCCGAAUGGAGGCUUCUCGAAGGAUGUUUUCACGACCAUGGGACCACGGUUGUUGAACGAAUCGCUCGGGAACCGGUGAACGCGCGCGGGUUUUUUGGUGACAACACCGUGGAAGCGUCAGAUGAAACAACUACUAUGCGAAGACAUGACUCCUGGUGGUCCUCAAGCGUGUGCUCGCCAAGUUCAGCGUGGGAGGGGAUAGGUGAGAGUUGGCGAGGCGCAGGAGAGGUGUUCUCGGACACCAAAAGCUGGGGCACCCUGACGAGGCGGUCCUGGAGGAGGAGGUGGGUCGCAGGAGAGAGGAAAGAAAGGAGGUGACCAUCCACCCCACAUGGACGCCACCCCCAAAGGACCCCCCGUACCCCCCACACCGGAUAUCCUGUCAUCACUACUUAGCCGCGGAAUAUCCGACCUGAACUCAGGGGCGUCGUUCUGUGACCCGUACCCGCGUCAACGUUCCCGUCGAAUAUCGAGGCAUCCGUCGCUUGAUGAUCGUCGUACGACGGAAACGACCGCCUACGCGUCAUCGUCAUCCCUCACGUGCCUCAAUCUCUCUCGUCUUUUUCGCCGUAAAUCGAAACGAUUGCCGAUUUUCUAUCACCGCGUCCCCAAGAAUCAACCAUUUCGAACACGAAAGCCGACCAAGGACGGAACGUCGACCUUGCCCGCGUCCAGAAGCACUCGUUUCCGGUUCCCAUCGGUAGAUACCAUAGACAGGAAGAGAGUACCCACGAUCGCAACGACAAACCCGCCGACCGGCGAUAGGAGACCAUUUUUUACCCUCGUUUUUACACCGCGGCUAUCGUGCCGUACGUUUGAUGCAUUUUCUACGACGCCAGCCGUCAACCAGCGUCGCCGCGCCCGGAAAGUACUUUUGAGAGGCGCCACCUUCCCCGUGAAACAUAUCUACAGACUCCGUCCAAAAGCGCCUAACUCAGAGCUACAGCCUAAUAGACUACGCGAACAAUGUCGCGCAGCGCUGCCACGCGUCCUAUGCAAGUGGUGAAAUUAAUUUUUUCUUCAAAACGCUGGGACUCUUUGGGAAACUCGUAAGGAACUCUUCAGCAUUGGAAUGGGAUCAUAUUUGGACUCAUCUUCAUUGGGAAAACAUCCCCAAUCUAUUGGAAAUAUCCACGGCACCACCAGCGUCGCGACGCGUGGCGCCGUCAGGGGACGACGCCUCGAAGUCUUUCAGCGAUCAUCGAGCAAAUACCUCCGUUCGACGACUCGGAUUUUCGUGUCGUACUGUUCGGUGUGUAAAGCCACGCCGUCGUGCGACGGCACCCUCGUGCAGUGCGUGAGAACGUGAUAUAUACGGGUGCGCGACGCGUAAGAAUUUUUCUCUCGUUACCGCCGUGGGUCAGUAAUCCGUGGACGAAAACACGGCCGAUCCGCGGGUCAGAAGUGUCACGGAGACAAUGGUUAUGAUGACGGCAGUGCUGACAGUGGCAGAAAACAUAGAAUGCCGGUGUCGAUGUUCCACGAUCGUAGAAACGAUAGAUGGUGUCCGCCCAACGCGCACCGGCUGACCAGUUACCCAAGAAAAUCGUGAAAAACAAAAAAAGAAGAAGAAGAAGAAGAAGAACGGAACAGUGGCCAGUGUCUCUCGUUGUACGAUCCGUUCCUGUCAUCGACGACAUUGCACGGCCACUCUCUCUCUGGAUUGAGAUUGUUCGUUCGUCUGGUGCUGUUUCCCGUAGUCUCGAAGGAAGCAGCAUCCUCUCGUACGGACGGAUCGAUCGUCAUCGAGGCAUUUCUGAACGUUUUUGUGUGCGUCGACGAAGCGAAAACGUUGUCUUCGCCGUGAAAUAUCGCGUUUACGGCCUCGAUAUGCUGGCUCGUCAACGACGAUCGUUAUAACGACGUCGCCCUCGUCGACGCGGGCGCUUCGACCGCCUAUACCUUUGCACUGACUGCGAAAACAUCGAGAAAUCCCCUCGAACCGCAUAGAAGACCGCGUGACCGUCGGCAGUUCUCGAAAGUCGCGCCUUGGGUACCGCCUUCGACUAUCUGAAAUGUAUCGAGGUUUCGCUCCGGUAUCGUCGCCUCGAUACUGUCACGUGACACGGUCGCAAUAUUCGAAUUUCUCGCUCGUCGCUCCGGUAGAAGGACUCGGCGUCGCGGAAUUAUGCUGUGACCCAGUGCGCAACGACGUCGAAGAACCUGGCCGAUUUCCGGCCGAUCUCUCAACGACACGGAGCUACUCGUAAAGAGACGUUGUAGCGUAGCGAUAACAGGUAGUGCGAGUACAUGGUAUCGUUGAAAGGAAAAUGCCGAUCAAAGGACGGUGCCGUUCGUGGUUUAGUGGAAACGCGGUCAUACAAAAGCAUCGUCGUCUAACGAAGGUAAAGAUAACGGGCUAAUGCCGUCCUGCACCUGCAAUGAUUCGCGAGGACGAAGAAGAGGAGGGAUCCAGGUGGAAAUAUGUAAGAGGCGAGGCGGACAUCGUCUCGUCGGCACGGCUCAAGUGCCACGAGGAAGAAGAGGUGAAGGACUGCGACGAGGCCGACAAAGUCUCGGCGACGUGCACCACGACGAAAUCGGACGCGGAAGGUAGCCGGAAAGGAUCAACGACCGCGGCGUCGGUGUGCAACGACGAGGAAAACGCCACCGCGCGGAAGAAAAAGAAGAAACGUCGGAAAACGCGGAACAAGCAGCAGCUGCAGCUGCAUCAUCUACCGCAGGGUUCGCCGGACGACAAUCAACACUCGCACACGGUGGUGAACCUGCCUUCGUCCUCGGACGAGGUGGAGGCGGUUGGCGAAUGCUCGAAACGAGACUCGUCCAGCAGCUUGGGCGGCGCCAGCCGCCACAACACCCUACGGGAAUCUUUGCUCACGGUUCUUGGUAAACUGGUGAUCUGGAAAGGCACUAGGUACCGAUCGGCCACCGCUGCGUCCUCUUCAUCUUCGGCGCCGCCGAAUUCGCCGCCCGCUACCGAGUGCAUCGGCCGUAGCACAUCCUUUUUCUCCAGUGAAACGGAGAGGAGAAUUCGCGCCAAUAACCGCGAGUUCAACUCACAGUUUAAUUAUGCGAACAACUACAUCAAGACGUCCAAGUAUUCGGUUCUGACGUUCCUACCAUUAAAUUUAUUCGAGCAAUUUCAGCGGCUCGCUAACUUUUACUUCCUAUGCCUGCUGGUGCUUCAGAUGAUCCCCGCUAUCUCCUCCUUGACCCCCAUCACUACAGCCAUACCCCUUAUAGGGGUGCUCAUGCUCACUGCCAUCAAAGAUGCUUACGACGAUUUUCAACGGCACAGCAGCGAUUCGCAAGUGAACAAUCGGAAAUCGCAGACUUUGCGAGGGACUAGUCUCCGGGAGGAGAAAUGGUCGCAAGUUCAAGUAGGCGAUGUAAUUAGAAUGGAGAACGAUCAAUUCGUUGCUGCUGAUGUCCUUCUUUUAUCUACUAGUGAGCCAAACGGUCUUUGUUACAUUGAAACUGCUGAAUUAGAUGGGGAGACGAAUUUGAAGUGUCGGCAGUGUUUAGCUGAAACUGCCGAGAUGAUGGACAACCACGAAUUGAUUGGUCAAUUUGAUGGGGAGAUUGUUUGCGAAACUCCUAAUAAUUUGUUAAAUAAAUUUGAUGGUACUAUUACGUGGAAAGGGCGAAAAUACGCAUUGGACAACGACAAAAUUAUAUUACGGGGUUGCGUGCUGAGGAACACGCAAUGGUGCUAUGGUGUGGUCAUCUUUGCAGGCAAGGAUACCAAAUUGAUGCAAAACUCAGGGAAGACCAAAUUUAAGAGGACCUCUAUAGAUAGGCUGCUGAAUUUUCUCAUCAUCGGGAUAGUGUGCUUUUUACUUUCUAUGUGUUUGUUCUGCAUGAUCGGCUGUGGUAUUUGGGAAAGCCUAGUGGGCCGUUAUUUCCAAGUGUAUCUACCCUGGGACUCGUUGGUGCCUAGCGAGCCCAUGGGCGGUGCCACAGUGAUCGCUCUACUUGUGUUCUUUUCUUAUGCUAUCGUAUUGAACACAGUGGUGCCAAUCAGUUUAUAUGUGAGUGUGGAAGUUAUCAGAUUCGUUCAGUCGUUUUUGAUUAAUUGGGAUGAAGAGAUGUACUACGCACCUACGAAUACACACGCUAAAGCAAGGACUACUACGUUAAACGAAGAGUUGGGGCAAAUAGAGUAUAUAUUUUCCGAUAAAACCGGAACCCUCACGCAGAAUAUUAUGACUUUUAACAAGUGUUCUGUGGCGGGCAAAUGUUACGGGGACGUUAUCGAUGAAGUUACCGGGGAAGUCGUCGAUUUGAGCGAGACGGACAAAGCUGCCCAAACACCUACGAUGCGAUGGAAAAAUGGACAAGAGUUUGUUCAAGUUUAUACACCAAUAAGUGGUCCAAACGUACGUCUACUGGAACAUGUGGACAGGAUAACCAGUAUAAUUCCAGAACCAGGCGUCAAUGGCAGUCUGAUGGUUCCACGCAAACUUUCAACAGUACCGCCGUUGGAUUUUUCGUUCAACAAGGAUUACGAGCCGGAAUUCAAGUUCUACGACACCGCUCUCCUCGAAGCCGUGAAACGGAACAACGAAGAUGUUCAUAGUUUCUUUCGAUUAUUGGCGCUUUGUCAUACCGUUAUGCCAGAAGAAAAGAAUGGCAAGCUAGAAUAUCAAGCACAGUCGCCGGACGAGGCUGCCCUCGUAUCUGCCGCUAGAAACUUCGGUUUCGUAUUCAAAGAAAGAUCUCCGAAUAGUAUAACGAUCGAAGUGAUGGGAAAACGCGAGAUAUACGAGCUGCUUUGCAUCCUCGAUUUCAACAACGUUAGGAAGAGAAUGUCCGUAAUAUUGAGGAAGGACGGACAGCUCAGGCUAUAUUGCAAAGGAGCGGAUAACGUUAUAUACGAACGAUUAAAAAAAGGCAGCGAAGACAUGAUGGCGAAAUCAUUGGAACAUCUCAACAAAUUCGCGGGCGAGGGCUUGAGAACAUUGUGCCUUUCGGUCAGAGAUCUGGAUGAACAAUUUUUCAAUGAUUGGAAACAACGUCACCAAGAAGCUGCCUUGAGUCAGGAAAACAGAGACGACAAGUUGGAUGCGAUUUACGAGGAAAUCGAGAAGGAUAUGACGUUACUGGGCGCUACUGCCAUCGAAGAUAAGUUACAGGACGGCGUACCUCAAACUAUCGCUAAUUUAGCUCUCGCUGGUAUUAAGAUCUGGGUAUUAACUGGUGACAAACAAGAAACGGCUAUCAAUAUUGGCUAUUCCUGCCAGUUGUUAACAGACGACCUUACAGAUGUCUUUAUAGUGGAUUCUACUACCUACGAUGGCGUCGAAAAUCAAUUAUCGCGGUACCUGGAAACUAUCAAAACAACCUCCAGUCAUCAAAAUCGGCCAACGCUCUCCGUUGUCACAUUCAGGUGGGACAAGGAAAGCAGUGAUACUGAAUACAAUCCUAGCAGAGAUGAACAAGAUGAACACGAAAUGGAACAAGCAACAGGAUUUGCGGUAGUUAUUAAUGGGCAUUCCUUAGUUCAUGCAUUGCAUCCACAACUUGAACAACUUUUUCUCGAUGUAUCGAGCCAGUGCAAAGCUGUGAUAUGCUGUCGCGUGACACCCUUACAAAAAGCAAUGGUUGUCGAAUUAAUCAAGAAAAAUAAAAAUGCGGUGACUUUGGCAAUCGGUGAUGGAGCUAACGAUGUUUCGAUGAUAAAAACAGCUCAUAUUGGUGUUGGCAUCAGUGGUCAAGAAGGGUUACAAGCUGUAUUGGCAUCCGAUUACUCGAUAGGACAAUUUAGGUUUUUGGAAAGAUUGCUCCUCGUUCACGGCAGAUGGUCGUAUUAUAGAAUGAGCAAGUUUCUUAGAUAUUUUUUUUACAAGAAUUUUGCGUUUACGCUAUGCCACAUCUGGUUUGCCUUUUUCUGUGGAUUCAGCGCACAGACUGUAUUCGAUCCUAUGUACAUUUCUGUCUACAAUCUCUUUUAUACGUCAUUGCCUGUAAUGGCAGUUGGUAUCUUCGAUCAAGAUGUUAACGACAAAAAUAGUUUAUUGUAUCCAAAACUCUACGCACCCGGAUUGCAAAAUUUACUUUUUAACAAAAAGGAAUUUUGCUGGAGUGCCAUACAUGGUUUUUUUGCUAGUUGCGUAUUAUUUUUAGUUCCGUAUGGUACGUAUAAGGAUGGAGUAUCACCAAAGGGCUAUGUACUUUCUGAUCACAUGCUACUGGGAAGUGUCGUAGCCACUAUAUUAGUCAUAGUCGUGACGGUUCAAAUAGCCCUUGAUACAUCGUAUUGGACGAUUGUUAAUCAUAUUAUGGUUUGGGGCUCGCUCAUUUGGUAUUUUAUUUUAGACUAUUUCUAUAACUUCGUCAUAGGUGGUAGCUACGUUGGAAGUCUUACUAUGGCUAUGUCUGAAGCAACGUUUUGGUUUACAGCAGUCAUUUCAUGUAUCAUAUUGGUAAUACCUGUACUGUCGUGGAGAUUCUUCUUCAUUGAUGUUAGGCCAACUUUGUCUGAUAGAGUUAGGCUUAAGCAGAGGUUGGCGCAACUUCGUUCCCGCCAAAGUCAAGAUAUACUUCGUACUCCGUCUACGAGGCGGACACGACGAUCUCUUCGUUCCGGAUACGCUUUUGCGCACCAGGAAGGCUUUGGCAGGCUGAUUACAUCCGGGAAGAUUAUGCGAAAAUUACCAAAUGGUGCAGAUUUUAAGUUCGCCAUGCCGUUUACGAACAAUACCAGCAAACAAAUUAGUGUUGCCACCACGUCACCAAAGGACAAUGCAUCCAAAAAUUCGCACACACUGGAUACUAUUAAUCUGUAAUCUGGACAUUAUAUUAGUGAGACUUAUCAACUAAGAAUUGAGAUAUCAACUGAACUUUGUAUAAUAAAAGUUGGACUUUCAAUAAUCAUAUGAAUGGACUGAAGAAUAAUUUUACAAAUAUUUACAAAACGAAAUUGUGAAAUCAUCUUCAAUAUCGGAAGCAAACUGGACCGUGCUAAACUAUUCAUAUUCGAGAAGUUGUGAACAUAUUCUUCUUUACACUCAAAAAAAUGAUCCUAGUUACCUAGAAAAUGCACCGCCUAUAUUUUUCGUCUAAACUGAUUUAUAUAUACAUUUAUUUUGUAACACUUCUUGCUAAGUAGUAUUUGGAGAUGUGAUAUUAUUAUUACGGACAGCUAUAUCAUAAUGUAUGUAUUACUUAUUUUAAAUCCCUAAAUGGAUAUAUAAUUUCAUUUUUAUUUGCAAAUAACAUCCUUGCCCUAGAAUCUAAUCGCCAUGAUUUUUAAAUAAUAUGGUGUGACAUUACCUACUAUGUUGCGUUUAUAUUCAAAAUAAUUCGAAUAGUACGUAUUAAAAUGCAGUUUUUACAGACUAUUUGGGUUACUGAAAAUUGUUUUUUUUUUUUUAAUUUUUUAGUUUGAAGCAUUAAAAAAUCAGUUAAUUUGCAAACGAAAUGUACUGAUAUUGUUUAAAGAUCUUGGUAAAUAUUGACUUAAUGUAAAAAAUAAGAAUUUAAGGAGGAUAAGCAUUAUAAGGUAGUUAUAACACGUUGUUGGUUGCAUAAGUUGUUACAUAUGUUACUUUAAAUACUGAAUCAAAUGUCUAGAAACAAAAUGCGAGAGCAAAUUGUCUGCUGCAUGUGCUCUAUAGACUGCGCAUCAAUUACUGCUUAAAAAUAUUUGCUUAGGACAUAGUAUAAUUUAAAGGACAAAACAAUUGUACUCGUAGAUAUGUACAAUUGUUGAAUCUUCAUUGCAUUUCAUGUCCAGUGAAUAACCCUUUAAAGCAUUUUCAAGUACGUGUUCUUCGUGGGAUGCUAAUAUAAGACAAUAAUAUCAACAAUUAAAAGAUAUAAAGAUGUAAUUGAUAAUAUCUACGUCUUGAUUUGAUAUCUCUCAUUUUGAAUAAAUUAUACGAAUUAUGUUUAAAUUUUGUUUCCUUAAUAUUUGAAUGUAUAUUUCGAUAUUUUUGUUUUGUUUUCACGAUACUAUGUCCUAUGUACUAUUUCUAAUGUAUCCUACUUUUACGUAUUGAACGAUGCAUCCUAUCUAAAAUUUGAGCCCUACUGGAUUAAGGAAAGUUUUACAAGCAUGUUACACGCGUAGGGCCAUGCAGAAGGGCAAAAUAAAAAUGCUAAUGUUAUCGAAUACAAUGUUCCUUGCAAAGUGCACGCAGGAUAGGGAGAUAGUGUGUACAAACACAAAAAUCAUAAAAUCUAUCGAUUAUUAUGUUACGAUUUAAAAAGCGGUGGUGACUUUAAGUGGUUUAUGUUAUCGAGCAAUGUAUUAAUCAAUCGAUCGAAAUUAUUUCUUUGCAAUUUAUACAGAUGUCACGCUCAAAUAUAUUCAGUUAUGUAUUAACACAUUGUCACAAACGAUAGACAGAAGUUUUUCAUUUGUACUUUCAAUGAAUACGUCGAUACGAAAGAACGAUUUACUUUUUGUAAAUCGCGCUAGAUAAUGUUUUCUGGUUUUAUACUACACUCUGUGUACUAUAAAUUUUGUAAAUCUAAAUAUUGCUUUAAGUAUAUAUCGUGUACAGUAAAAUCUACUUCUUAAGUGUAUUAUUUUUAAUGUGUAAAUAACUCGCACGAAAGGACAGAUUAAUGUUGUAAAAAAAACAUAGUAAAGUAUUACUACCUUGUACACCAUUCAGAAAUUGAAUUUUGUCAAAUAUGUGUUUGUAGAAUUUCCUUUUAAUCGGAUUAUAAAGAAUGCUAUAUUUUUAUUCGUAUAGUCCUAAAAUGUUUGUCACACGUUUAUGUUAUCAUUUUAAUUGACGAUUAAAAUGGUAACGAUGGUUCUGCUUUCUCCAUCACCUUCAAUCUGGCAAUUACUGGUACAUACUCUUAGAAAAGUUUAUCGAUUACGUAUUAAACACAGUGUUACAUAGAUAUUAUUUAUAGUUCAAUUUGAAUAAGAGGGACCACAGUACAAUACCAUAGAAUGAAUUUAUCAUUUACCUAUUCUAAAGUGCUUUAGAUGAUUACGUGCGUUAAAAAAAAAGUUAUUUAAUUACUUUCAACCACUUAUAGUUAUUUUAAUUUUUUCAAAUUAAAAAAAGAUAGUACAUCAGCCCUUAAUCUAAAAUAAUACCGUGAUUUAAUUUUACCGUUUCCACAUAACGUAAUUCAAAUCUGUUUUAUUACAUAUUUUACAUAGUAAUCUUCUAACACAUCUUACCAUAAAAUUGUCAUGUUUUAUUUACAUAGAGCCCUCAGCUUUGCAUCUCUACGUCAGGAUUUAACGAACUAUAUGGAGAAAAAUAUUAAAUGUUGUUUCAGUAUUUAAAUGCACAUGUCGUCUUAAGUUGUGCUUUUAAUGUAACUAUGCGUACAGUAUAAACAAAUUUUAUUACAGCUUUAUGUAAUAUAUUAAAAUACGAGAUCUAUACUAUUCUUCUAACUUACUCUACAGCGAAAUACAUUCUGAAGGAGUCCAUAGGCAGAGCCAACUCAUGUUGAUAUGUGCAUUAAUAUAAAAUUUAUAUAAUUUGUAUCUUUACUAAAUUGUAUUAUGUUUUUGUUACCCAUCAGUAUUGAUUAGGUUUAUGUAUAUGUGUAAUAGUUACAUGUACAUUGAAGUCAUGCACGAAUAUUAGUUAGAAAUUGAUCGAAAACUGAAAAGGUACAGUCAAUCGUAAAAUACUGUUUUUUAAGCUCAUCGCGGAUGUGCAAAAUUAUCAUCAAAUUAAGAAGAGGUUACAAAGGAACAUAUAUUCUUUUUAUCUACACAGAGGAUAUAUUGCAACAAAAAAUCAUUUAUAUAAACGAAAGUACCGAUGAAACAUCGCUGAUAGGAGCGAGACAUAUUUGGUAACAUUUGUACUUAUUAUGGAAACAGAAUGAUUUUAAUCUUGCUGCAAAAAAAAAAAGAAAAUGAUGCGAAAUGCGAUUACAGUUUUAAUCAUUUGUUAUUAGCGAGUCACCUCUUUUAUGCUAUCAAAAUUCAAUAUUUCGUCAGUUACGAAAUUGUUCACGUAUGAAACAUUUCUUACUAGUUUCUAAGUUAAUAAAAGUACUACAGCAUAAU